AUGGCCCGUCUAAACACCCGCGCAGACUCCUCUGAUACCGAGAACGAGAGGCUCACGAGCUCUCCCAGUCUUCAUACACCAGAUACCUCGCACGCUCGUUCCGCUGAUACUCAGGCGUACGGCUCCGAUAAAGAGAACGAGCGUCGUCGUACAAGUGGGAAAAGGAAGAGAACGAGCCCUGCAGUCCAUAUGUCGGGUGGAACUCCAGGCGACUCUCGAAAGCGAAGGAGAACAGGGGGAGAAGAAUCACAGACCCCAUCGGCCCAACAAUACUAUGAUCCUGACCAGAAUCCCGAAGAACGACGCCAAGUCCGCAGGGGUUUGCGCAGUCUCUUCGCGAAACUCAACGAUUCCAAGGCCGAAUAUCUCCGGCCUGACUCGAAAGGCCUCGAGGAGACUCUCAGAGAAGCAGAUGAACUUUACAAGAAUGUCAAGCAAACUUCGGAAGCCACAAUUGAUUCGCGAUUGCUCCUCGAAACUGCAGCGCUGUCGUCCAGAAAGAUCAACAAUAUGACUCUGGGUGAUGGGACAACCUGUAUUGACGUGGACGACUUCAUCACCAAAUGCAUUGUAUUUAUGAAACAGGGUAACGAGCCAGGCAAGUGUCAUCAGAAUGAAGUCCCAAGCACUCAAACUCAAGGUCGACGGCGAAGACGGCGUCAGGAAGCGGAUGAAGACGACGAAGGCGAUACCAUGAAUUGGGAGUAUCUGGGGAAGAAUGCCUGCUUCCUGUACAACUCACGUCCUUGCUUGACUGGCUUUCUCCUUGGUCCUCUAUCGGUGCAGAAAAAAGUCCGGCAACAAACCCAGCGGAGGGCUCAAGACGCCCGUACCCAAUCCACACAAGCAGUGCGUCCGAUCCGGCUUGACGACGGAGACUUGGAGAGGCAAGAAUCGGCAAGUCUCACUGAGAUCUGCACCGAGAUUGCGCGGCUUCUGCAAAAGGCUAUGGUUACAAGCCGAGCCAAUGCAGAAGCAGAUGUCCGCAACGCAACAGGAGACCUUUCGGACCAAGACCUGCGAGAGAUCCUGCAGAGGAAUGUAAUAGCUGACAACGGGGGUUUGCCUCUUUUCAACUUCUGCGUGAACCCAAAAUCGUUUGGACAGACAGUCGAAAACAUGUUUUACGUGAGCUUUCUGAUCAAGGAAGGAAAGGUUUCUCUGGAACUCGACAGCCAGGGAUUGCCGACGCUGCGCCUCGAAGAGCUCAAGACUCUAGAAGAGAGGCAGGAGGCACAACGCAACCAAGCCAUCUUCACACUUGACUUUGACGUCUGGGAGGAUAUCAUUCGGGAUUUUGGCAUUGAGAAGAGCAUCAUCCCUCAUCGGACUGAGGGGAAGUACGAUGACGGGAUGCUAGAUUAUGCGCGCAUGGAGGACGAUGUUGACCUCAGUGAGGAAGAGCAGGAAGAUUCUGAUGCAUACUCCUGA